AUGAGAGCCUUAUUUGGUUCUCAAGAGUUGUGGGAGCUGAUCAUUGAUGGGUUCACGGAACCUACACCAGAAGUAGAAGCCACCUAUACCACCAAAGAGAAGAAGGCUCUCAGAGAGCAAAAAAAGAAGGAUAGCAAUGCUCGUUUUCUACUCUAUCAAGGGUUGGACGAGUCUACCUUUGAGAGAGUUGCCGAAGCAACAAUGAGCAAGGAAGCAUGGGAAAUCCUUGCUACCAUCUGCAAAGGUGUCGAGCGGGUGAAGCGAAUUCACCUCCAAACUUUGAGGAGUGAUCUUGAAGCUGCUCAAAUAAAAAAUGAAGAAAAAAUCUCCGAUUAUUAUUCACGAUUACUUCUAAUUAUGAAUAAAAUGAGGAGAAAUAGAGAGAAGAUGGAGGACAUCCGAGUGAUGGAGAAGUUGCUCCGAUCCCUCACACCAAAAUUCGAGCACGUGGUGGCGACAAUUGAGGAGUCAAAGAAUUUGGAGGAGAUCUUAAUAGAGGAGCUCUUGGGAUCUCUUCAAGUUUAUGAACAACGAAUACAAAAGAAGGCUAGUUCUAGAGUUUUGGAGCAAGUACUAGAGUCAACAUUGACUCUAAGUACUCAAGGCUCACAAGGAAGAGGUCGUGGUCGUGGUCGUGGUAGAGGCAGGGGAUGUGGUCCCCAACAGUAA